AUGGCAGACCUCAAAGAUGUCGAGGCCCCCCCGGGCCUCCACACUGAAGACAAAGACACAGUCGCCUAUGAAAUGGAUGACGUAGCAGAAUUCAAGCUCCAAAACGGCCGCACCGAAGCAGCCAUGGACGCCGAGAUCCAACAGCUGGAAGACCAACUCCACGAGCUUCCCAAGUCCCGCUUCAAUUUCUCCAUGGCAAACCCAGCAACCUUCACUUACAUCCUCGUUGCCUUCGCCUCAAUGGGCGGCAUGCUCUCCGGCCUCGACCAAUCGCUCAUCAGCGGUGCAAAUCUCUACCUCCCCGUUGAUCUGCACCUCAGCUCCGCAGACAACAGUCUUGUAAAUGCAGGCAUGCCCCUCGGCGCCGUGGCCGGUGCUCUUCUACUCUCUCCAGCAAACGAGUACCUCGGCCGACGGAUGGCCAUCAUCGUCUCCUGCGUACUGUACACCAUCGGCGCAGCCCUCGAAGCUGGCGCCAUCAACUUUGGCAUGAUCUUCGCCGGCCGCUUCAUCCUCGGCGCUGGCGUAGGUCUCGAAGGCGGCACGGUCCCUGUUUACGUCGCGGAAUGCGUCCCGCGCAAAAUCCGCGGCAACCUCGUCUCGCUCUACCAGCUGAACAUCGCCUUCGGCGAAGUCCUCGGCUACGCCGUCGCCGCAAUGUUCGUCAGCGUCCCUGGCAACUGGCGCUACAUCCUGGGAUCAUCGCUCCUCUUCUCGACAAUCCUCUUCAUAGGCAUGCUCUUCCUCCCCGAGAGCCCACGUUUCCUCAUGCACAAAGGACGCGAAGUCGAAGCGUACUCCGUGUGGAAGAAAAUCCGUGGCUUCAACGACUUCGAAGCCAAAGACGAGUUCCUCGGCAUGCGCCAGGCGGUCACAGCCGAGCGUCAGGAACAAGCACAGUCAAAGAAAUACCCGUGGGUGGACUUCUUCACUGUGCCGCGGGCGCGGCGCGCCAUUGUCUACGCAAACAUAAUGAUCUUCCUGGGCCAAUUCACCGGCGUCAACGCAGUAAUGUACUACAUGUCUACGCUGAUGCAAGCGAUCGGGUUCGGCGAUAAAGACGCGGUAUUCAUGUCUUUGGUUGGCGGUGGUGCACUGCUUAUCGGCACGAUCCCGGCAGUGCUGUAUAUGGAGCGGUUUGGGCGGCGGUACUGGGCGAACGCGAUGCUGCCGGGGUUCUUUAUCGGACUUGUGCUCGUUGGCGUUGGGUACACGAUCGACGCGCAAAAAUACCCGGCCACCGCGCAGGGUAUCUACCUCACUGGAAUCAUCUUGUACAUGGGGUUCUUUGGAUCUUAUGCGUGCUUGACGUGGGUUGUGCCAUCUGAGGUGUUUCCGACAUAUCUGCGAUCUUAUGGAAUGACGACUGCGGAUGCGAACUUGUUUCUGUGCUCGUUCAUUGUUACGUAUAACUUUACCCGGAUGAUGGAGAGUAUGCAGCGGAUUGGGCUCACGCUUGGGUUUUAUGGUGGGAUUGCUGUUUUGGGAUGGGCUUAUCAGAUUAUUUUCAUGCCAGAGACGAAGAACAAGUCCCUGGAGGAGAUUGAUGAGUUGUUUUCGUUGCCAACGGCUGUUAUUGUUAAGAGGAACUUGAAGCAGACUGCGCAGGUUGUCAGGGAUCUGGCGAGGUUUAGGUUGAAGAAGGUUUUCUCGCCUGAGCCAUAUAACUGA